AUGAUUGAAAACAUGUCCCAAAUGUUACUGAAAAGUCAGUAUCAACAGUUUAUGGAUAAUGAUAUUACAGAAAUUUGUCCUACUAUUUAUUAUGGAACGGUCAAUUCUUUGAAACAAGAAAUAUUCCAUAAUUAUAAUUUCAAAAUUAUCAUAAAUUGCUUACCAACUUAUAAGUUCUUAAAACAUUUGAAUAAGUCCAAUAUUUCCAUUCCCACUGAUAUGUUAAUGUUACUUUUAGAUUUGAAUUUUGAUAUCAAUAAGUUUAAUGAUGAUGAAAAGGCAUUGUUGAAUGAGUUUGAUAUGAAAUUUAAUAAGAUUUUGCAAAAUUUUAUCAAUUAUUUCAUUAACUAUAACGAAAAUAUCGAUAAGAUUAUCAAUAAAUUACCUAACAAUUUAAAUUUGAAUAUCUCCAAUCCAAUAUUAUCAGGAAACUUGAAGAAUAAUCUCUUCAAGUUGACCAGAUUAAUCAAAUUAUUCAAAAUUAUGAAUAAUUCGAUUGAUAUCCUUAUCAUUGGGGAUAACAAUGAAAACUUUUCCAAGAGUUUAUUGAUUAGUUAUUUGAUGGAUAAUUAUAAUUAUAAUGUUAACAACUCCAUUAACUAUUUACAUUAUAAGAUUAAUGUAAACUUCAAUUUGAACUAUUAUGAAGAUUUAUUGAUAUUGGAGAAUUUAAAGAAGUUUUAUGUGGAAAAUAAUGAAAUUAAAAUGGGUUCUAGUAUUUUGUAUAAUAAUAAGCAAGGGAAAAGGUGUAGAGAAGAUGAAGAUUAUAGCGAGAAGCGGAUCAGGUUCUAG